AAUUCAAGGAAAGCGCUCUGAAGGAGCUUCUGGACGACGAGCAACUCUCGCCGGAAAAUGUGUGCUUUCCAAGAACACAAAUGGGCGCACAGAACCAGCUCAUGGAGGACGAGGAAUUUGGUGGCCUGCACUGCACACGGGGAUCCUUUGACAGACGGUUGUCUGCGGAAGCAGUGGCAAUCGCAUAAUUGGGUUUGAUUACGCUCCUUUCGAUGUUCUCCGGUCGAGAUAUUGGAGAAGAGUAGAAGACAGACACGCGAAGAGAAGAGAAGGGAGGAGGAGGAGGAGGAGUGGAGACUGAUCGGCAUGGAGGAGGAUGAGCAAGGCGUGCGAUGGUGGGCGAUGGUGUUGUGGGCUUUGGCGGUGGGCUUGCUGGCACGUCUGGUCACCGUAUGGAUGUUGACAGGCUCUCCUCUGGUUCAUGCCGAAGGCACCGGUCAGCGCAAUUUGAAAACUCUCAUCGUGCUUGGUUCUGGUGGGCACACGGCAGAGAUUCUGCAUAUUGUUGAGAAGUUGAAUUUUGAGCAUUACUUUCCAAGAUGCUACAUUGCAGCUGUGACAGACAACCACAGUCUUGCGAAGGCUAAGAAGCUCGAAGAAGAGAAGGCUGGAGAAAAUGCAAAGCAUUGUAGCUACUAUAGAAUUUACAGGAGUCGGGAAGUGGGUCAAUCCUACAUAACAUCGAUCGGCACAACUCUGUUGGCGAUGGGCCAUGCAUUCUGGCUGGCAUUCAGCAUCAGGCCUGACAUUAUUAUAUGUAAUGGACCAGGAACGUGUUUACCGGUGUGCGUUGCCGGCUUUGUUCUGAAGGUUUUGGGCGUGAAAUGGGUAGUGAUGGUCUACGUGGAGAGUAUAGCGAGAGUGAAUAAGUUAUCUCUCACGGGGCAGCUCUUCUACAAACUACAUCUGAUGGACCAGUUUUUUGUCCAGUGGCCGAAGUUACAGCAGAAGUUUCCUCGUACGCAGUACGUAGGUCGAUUGAUGUAGUGCCCACUAGAUUCAUACUUAUUCAUCAAUAGCAUAGUCUUCCACGACUUUCUAUCGAAUUCUUCCAGAAAGAGAGGACCAGUAGAAUGACGUGAUACUCCGCUGUAACAUAAACUGCUAACUAAAGGUUUUGGGAGGGCCGAGACGCUUGAAUAUACUGUCAAACUCUCUCUUAGGCCGUCAUACAGCCGAUGAAGGUGUG